AGCUGAGUAUUAGUAGUGAGAAGAUUUCUUAUUAAUUUCUUUAAGAAAAAAACCUUCUUUUUUUGGGUUGUAAUGGAGAUGGAGGAAUACCCUAAUAAUAAUAAUAAUAAUUUGAGGCAAGAAAAGAGAGGUGGAAGUGCAAUAAGGCCAAGUUUCUUGUACUCAUCAACUACUAAUAGUGCUUCUCUUCAUAAUCAUCAUCAUCACCACCAAGUUCCAAUCAACACCUUUAAUCUUCAAUCUUCAGAUCAUCAUCAUCAACAAUGUUUUGAAUCUGAUGAUAAUCAUCAAGUUCUUGUUGUGAAGACUGAAGCAAUUAGCACCACCCCACAUCAUCAUCAUCUUCAAACUCCAAUUCUUCAUCACAAUAAUAAUAUGCAUCAUCCCCACCAUAGCCAGCAACACCAUCAUCAUCAACAAGGAGGGAAUUACAACCAAAGCUCCAAUAAUGGUGGUGGUGAAGUUGAUGCCAUCAAAGCCAAAAUCAUUGCUCAUCCUCACUACUCUAAUCUCUUAGAAGCUUACAUGGAUUGCCAAAAGGUUGGAGCUCCGCCGGAAGUGGUGGCGCGACUGGUGGCGGCGAGGCAGGAAUUUGAGGCACGGCAACGAUCUUCAGUUAGCUCAAGGGAAAGUUCCAAUAAGGACCCAGAACUUGACCAAUUCAUGGAAGCUUACUAUGACAUGCUUGUGAAGUAUAGAGAGGAAUUAACAAGGCCUAUAGAAGAGGCUAUGGAUUUCAUGAGAAGAAUAGAAACACAGCUAAAUAUGCUUUGCAAUGGACCCGUUAGGAUCUUCCAAGAUGAGAAAUGUGAAGGAGAAGGAGGUGGUUCAUCGGAAGAGGAACAAGAGAACAGUGGUGGAGAUACAGAAGUAGCAGAGAUUGAUCCAAGAGCUGAAGACCGUGAACUGAAGAACCAUUUGCUUAGAAAAUAUAGUGGUUACUUGAGUAGCCUUAAGCAAGAACUCUCCAAGAAGAAGAAGAAAGGAAAACUGCCUAAGGAAGCUAGGCAGAAGCUCCUUAACUGGUGGGAACUUCAUUACAAAUGGCCUUAUCCUUCGGAAUCAGAGAAGGUGGCAUUGGCAGAAUCAACAGGUUUGGACCAAAAACAAAUAAACAACUGGUUCAUAAAUCAAAGGAAGAGGCACUGGAAACCCUCUGAAGACAUGCAGUUCAUGGUGAUGGAUGGCCUUCAUGCUCAUCAGAAAGCAACCCUCUAUAUGGAUCCUCAUUACUUGCCUGAUCCUCACUACCGUCUAGCUCCAUGAUCAACACCUCUUCAUUAACUAAGAGUUCUACGACUUUGGAGCUAGCUUUAAUUUCUGUACCAUAUAAGUUUGUAAGGAUCCUAUAAAGCCUUUUUGUUUUUCCCCUAAGUGUAUAUGAUGAUGAUGAUAUAUAUGACAAGAACAUAUAUAUCCAUCACAAAACUUGUGAUGCUACUCAUCAUCCAUGUUUAAUUUGUGGGACCAUGUUGGUCUAUUUUAUAUUCAUAUGCUUCUUAAGUUUUCUUUUUCGGAACAACUUGGAUAUGUGAUCAUUUGUUUCUAUGGUCAAUUGAAAAUACAAAAAA